AUGGGUGAAACCCCUUUGCCUUCCGAGCGGUUGCUCUUUAUUGUUUCUCUGCAACUCCCAGAGUGGGUCGUGGCGGAAAUUCAGCAAGUGUUCCCUAAUGACGAUGUCACUGUCUACCAAUCGAAGCCGAAAGAAGCUGUUCCAGUCCCAGCUGAAUUAUACCAAAACGCGACCAUCUUGGUGACCUUCACGGACCUGCCGGACAUCAAAGACGCGAAGAACCUGAAAUUGAUUCACACGUUGUCUGCUGGCCUGGACCAUCUUUUGAGUCAUCCGAUCUUGACAGAUACCGAUAUCCCAAUUACAACUAGCUCCGGAGUCCAUGGCCCGCCGAUCGCGGAGUGGACUCUCAUGAACUGGCUUAUCGCAUCUCGCCAGUAUAUCAGAACCUACGAGGCCCAGAAAGAAAGACGAUGGGAUAUCAAAAAAGAUGUAUUCACGACAACUAUUCAUGACCAGGUUGGCAAAAAGGUCGGAAUUCUCGGAUAUGGAAGUAUUGGGCGGCAAAUUGCCCGUCUUUCACAAGCCGUGGGAAUGACAGUCCACGCUUACACUGCCUCCCCACGCCCAACCCCAGAGUCGCGGCAUGAUAAUGGCUUUAUCAUUCCUGGAACUGGAGAUCCUGAUGGGUCGAUUCCAGCAUCAUGGCACCACGGCACAGACAAGGAAUCGGUUCGUUCAUUCUUGUCCCUUGGGCUAGAUCACCUCGUGGUCUCGCUGCCGCUGACCAAGCAAACAACCCAUCUACUGGGCGACGAAGAAUUUGCUUUGCUAUCUGGCAGCUCUAAGCACCCGAUCAGCAAGCCGUAUGUGACCAACAUCUCGCGUGGCAAAGUUAUCGACCAGGGUGCCCUCAUUGCGGCUUUGAAAUCUGGCCAUUUGAGUGGUGCCGCGCUUGAUGUCACUGAUCCGGAACCUUUGCCUGCUGAUAAUCCACUCUGGGAUGCGCCAAAUGUGCAGAUUAGCCCUCAUGUGAGUGGACUGGGGAAGGAGUAUCUACCACGCUCAUUGAGUAUUGUGAAAAUCAAUAUCGAGCGGAUAGAUAAGGGGCUGCCGUUGCUCAAUGCCUAUAACCGAGGCAAAGAUUAUUAG